CCGGACACCGGCGACUUUUUAAUGGCUUUUGUGUUCAGAAGAUGGAGGGUUUUACUGGUGCUGAACGUGCUCGCUGUUGCGGGGUUCAUGACUUUCUGGGCCAAGUGCAACACACGCAGCGUCCAAGCCGCCGGUCCGGAGGCUCCGGCGGACGGGAAGAGGCCCCGGGGCAACGGGACGACGCAGGGGCCCAGCAUCAGCCAUGAGCUGCUGCUGAAGAGGCUCAGCUCGCUGGAGGACGUGGUGUACAGGCAGUUAAAUGGUCUGUCCAAAUCUCUGGGCCUGAUUGAGGGCUUCGGGGGUCGGGGUAAAGGAGGACUCCCUGCCACCCUGUCCCCGGCUGAGGAAAGUGAUGCUAAAUACCUGAGGGAGAAGUACGGCUACAACGCCUACCUCAGUGACAGAAUCUCUCUGGAUCGGACCAUACCGGACCACAGGCCCAGCAAAUGCAGAAAAGUCAGCUACCCGAGAGACCUCCCGCAGAUCUCCCUCAUCUUCAUCUUCGUCAACGAGGCUCUGUCAGUGAUCCUGCGCUCGGUCCACUCGGCUGUCAAUCACACGCCGGCUCACUUGCUCAAAGAGAUUAUCCUGGUGGACGACAACAGCGACGACGAGCAGCUGAAAGGGCCGCUGGAGGAGUACGUGAACAAGCGCUAUCCCGGCCUGGUGAAGAUCGUCAGGAACCAGAAGAGAGAGGGACUGAUCCGGGCCAGAAUCGAAGGCUGGAAGGUGGCAACCGCCGAGGUGACCGGCUUCUUUGACGCCCACGUGGAGUUCACCCCGUCCUGGGCCGAGCCGGUUCUGGCCAGAAUCAAAGAGGACCACAAGAGGAUCAUCCUGCCGUCCAUCGACAACAUCAAGCACGACACGUUCGAGGUGGAGCGCUACGAGAACUCGGGCCACGGCUACAACUGGGAGCUGUGGUGCAUGUACAUCAACCCGCCCAAACAGUGGUGGGACGAGGGGGACAUGUCUGCUCCGAUCAGAACUCCCGCCAUGAUCGGCUGCUCGUUCGUGGCCAACCGUGACUACUUCGGCGAGCUCGGCCUGCUGGACUCCGGCAUGGACGUCUACGGAGGGGAGAACAUCGAACUGGGCAUCAGGGUGUGGCUGUGCGGAGGCAGUAUGGAGGUGCUGCCUUGCUCCAGAGUGGCUCACAUCGCUCGGAUCAAGAAACCCUACCACAGUAACAUCGCUUUCCAUACGCGGCGUAACGCACUGCGCGUGGCUGAGGUCUGGAUGGACGAGUACAAAUCCAACGUUUACCUGGCCUGGAACAUCCCCAUGGAGAACCACGGUAUUGAUUACGGAGACGUCUCUCAGAGGGUUGCGCUGAGGAAGAGUCUGCAGUGUAAGAGCUUCGAGUGGUACCUCGACAACGUGUACCCGGAGAUGAGGAGGUACAACAACACGCUGUUCUACGGCGAGAUCCGUAACUCUAAAGUGAGCCACCUGUGUAUGGAUCAGGGCAUGAAGGAGAACCACACAGCCACGCUGCACCCCUGUCACGGAUGGGGUCCUCAGUUAGGACGUUUCACCAAAGAGGGUCAGCUGUUCUUGGGCCCUCUGGGCAGCACAGGAGAGGACACUCGCUGCGUGGUGGAUGAUCAGAUCAGCAGCUUUCCUCAGCUCCUCAACUGUGACAAAGUUACCAACGUGAAGCAGAAGACGUGGCAUUUCUCUCAGAGCGAAUCCAUCAUAAACCGAGCCACGGGACGCUGUCUGGAAGUGGUGCCGGCUAAUGUUUACUUCGGCCACCUGCUGGUCCUGCAGCCCUGCUCCGGGCAGAGGUGGACCAUCAAGAACACCAUGAAGCAGUAGUCUGUCGGGCCAUAUUUCACUGGGACCAAUAACACCAAGGGCCGUUUCCAAGAGCUGUCACCCGACCUUAGCUUCGCUGGAGGACAACAAAUGAGGCAAAAGCUCCUCAUCUUCUCAAGAAAAGACAGAUUUAAAAGAGAUGAGCUGUGAACAUCUCAGUUAUAAGUUUUGUGAAAAUGGUUGUUUUUUUUUUUUUUUUUACAAACUGGACUUUAAAAAUGAUGCAAGUUUCGCAUGAGGACCGUUUCUCUCUCUCUCUCUCGACAAACUUUCGAUGUGACGUUGCCAUAAUUUCUGUACGUGCCGCUCAUCUACAGUGUUUUUAUGUUUAAGGAUGGAGAUUCGAUCAGUCAAAACAAGUGUUUCUGUCUGAUGGGAGAGGAAAAAAAAAAGAGUCUUCAUCCUUUAAAUGUGUCUGCAUUUCAUGAUGUAUCAUGUUAAUAUGUAUUUUAAGAUGUGGAAAAAGAAUAUACCUGGAAUUAAAAUUUUCAGUAAAAUGCACUGAUCAGAGUACAUCCGUAGUUUGUUAUAGGCUUCAUCAGUGGUUCUCAACUUUUUAGCUGAAGAUACCUGAAAACGACGCGGUGCCUACUUUUAACAGGCAUUUAUUUGCGGCACAUUGAAUUAAACACGAACGCCCAAUAGUGACUUUUAUUUUCUUCUAACAGAAGUUUAGACUCUGUACAUAUAUAUGAAGAAAAAAUGCAUUCAUAAUAAAUAUUACUUGGUGUAUUGGAGCCUUUUUUUUUUUUU